AUGGUUUGGCCGUUUAAUUCAACAAAGCCUCCGCUUUCUUCAUCGCCUAACUCUUCGCAUUCAGAGACGCAGUCAACUUCAUUGCCUGAUUUAGCAGUGAUUGAUUCAGCAGUAUCUGACUUAAGUGACGCUUUGGGUUCUGGUAGAGAUAGUACAAAUAUGAUCAGUUUAGAUAGAUCUCCUAUAUUUGCGUUAGAUCAGUUGAAGCAAGCUGGCGUACCAUUUGAGAAACAGCUGUCGCCAUACUUACAGAUGGAUCCUACCGUUUUCCGGGAAUCUACUCCUCAAUGUAUUUUCAUGUAUAUUGUUCCUGGUGAAUCGAAAGGAGAAUUAGAAUUUGCAAUGGGACGGAUUGGAUGGGCUGUUUUGGGCGGCUAUGCAUUGGGUAGUGUGCGCGGUAUUCUGCCAGAAUUGCGGAAUCCUAAUACGAGGCAGUUGCCUCUUAAACCGUUUAUGACGCGUUUGAUGAAUUCCUCAGUGAAACACGGCAGUGGUUUUGCUCAUCCUGCUGGUUCUAUCGUAUUCAUAUUCUCUCUUGCUGAUAUGAUUUUUGGAAAAUUACGUGCGAAAGAUGACCUUAAUGCUGUUGCUGCUGGUGCAGUUACUGGAGGGCUGUUUCGAUGUGCACGUGGUUUACACGCUUCAAUGGUUGGGGCGGGUAUUGGGGUAUUUGCUGCUUUUAUUUGGUUGCUGAGUGAUCAAGAUAGCCGAAAUAGAUUAUGGGAAAUGCGAAAGCACUUGACCGGCAAACAAGAUUAUAGUUAUUGA